AUGACACGAUCAGGAAGCAAAGAAAAAUCGUUAGAAGCUACAUUAAUCGUUACAGAUGGUACCGUCGAUGGUGUCGUUGUUAAAGAUCCUCUAUUUCAAGGUGUUUUAACAAUCUUUCAAACUUUUAAACCACACAUAUACUUUCCUAGACAUGAACCUUUAGACGUUGUUUUCGCUUUGGAUGAGAACUAUGGUCGACACCACAAUAUAUUCAGUAAUAAAUAUCCAGUUGUAGAAAUGGACUUUUAA